AUGUCGCUGACGCUGAAUAAUGCCACAGACUUCCUUGCCAAGCGCGAUGGGAUCGACAAGACCCUCAAGGUGAUCCGGUACACCUCGAGGCUGCUGCUGGCGGGGUCCCUCCCGCGAUAUGCCCCGGAGCUGGGGGCCCAGCUCAAGGCCCUGGAGGGGUCCCUGGGCACCACGCGCAAGGCCCUCAAGCUGGGCAAGUUCCUGGGAGGGGUGAAGAACCUGCGCAGCAUCACGCCCAGGACCUCCCACGCCGCUCUCAAGCUGGUGGCGGGGGUCGGGGACACCGUCUACCUCUUCAUGGAGCAGCUCCAGUGGAUGAUCAAGGUGGGGCUGCUGAGCAAGCGCCACGCUGACUCGCUGUCCUACGUCUCGGCCUGGUUCGAGCUGGUGGGCUACUGCGGCUCCAUCACGCUCGCCACACUGCUGCAGCAGGAGAGCCUGGAGCUGGAGCUGAAGAUCCUGGACGACCUGGCCCGCAGCCGGCAGACGGAUGAGAGUUGGGGUCCCCAAGACGAGCACAAGGUCCAGGCGCGGCUGAGCGAGUUGCGCGCUGUGCGCACGCUCCGCACGCUGAGCAUCCUCCAGGACGCAGCAGAUUCCUUCCUGGCCCUGGCCGACAUUCAGAAGAGUGGGAAGCUGCUGCAGAAUCCGGCGCUGCAAGCCGCAGCGGGCCUCCUGUCUGCCGUUAUAUCUGGCUACACCAAGUGGCCCGGGGUGAAGCCCUGA